AUGAGUUAUCUUUAUGGACCAAAGAUAAUAAAAGAUAAAAUUUUAACAAAUAUUUCAGCAGCUAUUCGAGAAAUUCAUCGAUUAGCUGUCGAUGAUGAUGAACAAACUACACGAGUUAUAACAAAUGAUGAUUGGCAAGUGCAUUGUUUACUCGAACAUCUUGAUUUUGCUCUACUCUAUGGAUUAAAAUAUGUUCAAGAUGGUUAUUAUAAAUGUGUUAGUGAAUUUACUCCUAAAUUAUUAUUAACACAAAUCAAUUCAUUAUUCAAUAUAGAAACAAAUAUUGGUCGUGGUCGUGCAUGGUUUUUUUUUGCAUUUAAUGAUAAUUUAACAGAAAGUUAUAUGAAAUGUUUUCAAGAUAAUAAAAAAUUAAUUAAAAAAUUUUAUACAUCAGAUUCAAUAGUUAAUGAUACUCAAAGAUUAAUUGCACUUACAACAUUAUGUUCCGGUUUAGAAAAUAUUCAAUUUAAUUUAAAUACUGAUUGUGUAUAUUUUGAUCGUUGUUGUUGGCCAGCAUAUUUACAAGUUGAUCUAAAAGAUACAGAAAAACUUUCAUUGCCAGGGAUACGAAAUGAUGUUCCAACAUUUGCUACAUAUUUAUCUCGAUAUGAUGUUCAACAUGUACCUUCGUCACCUGCUAUCUCACCUAGUACUACUGUUACAUCGAAACGUGUUCGAGUACCUAAACGAAUUGAUCAUACAUCGUCAGCAUCAUCUGUUGUUAAUAGUUUUAUAUCUUCGGAUAUUCAUCCAGCUGCAUUAUCACGUUCAUCAUCUGUUAGUUUUGAUAAUCCAUCUAUAGAUGGUUCAUCACUUAAUGAAGAAAACCAAAUAUCAAACUCUACAGCUUUAACAACUGAUUCACCAUUACCAUUAGCAAAUAUAACAUCAGGACUUAGUUCAAGUUUAAGUGAACUUGAUCCUAUGUUAAAUAAUCGACCACGAACACCAUCACCUAUAUCAUUAAAAAAAAUUAAUGAACAACAAAACAUGACAAUUUCUACAGAUGAUACACCAAUUUUCACAGAUACACUUGAUAGUCAACCUUUAAUAGUGGCAAAUCAAUCUAUAAUACUAGAAAAUCAAUCGUCAGUAUCCAUUGAAGAUUCAAUAAAUGUUUCUGAAAAAGCUGAACAUUCAGUAAUGUCUUCAUUAUCAUUGUCAACUGAUAAUGGAUUAAAUGAUUUAAGUACUGAAAGAAAAAAUGAUGAUCUUCUACAAGUUACUCAUAUAGAUUCACUUGAAAUACCAGCUGAUGCUAAUCUUCAAUUACAAUUUACAUUAGAAGUUUAUGAAACACAAAAUAAAGAAGAAUUAAUUAAAUUAUUUCCAACAACUAUUGGUCAUAAUAAUGGUAACCUUGAAAAUGUUUUUGUUCUUGUAACAACAAUGAAGGUUUAUUUACUACGACAAAUAAACGAAACUAAUGGUUUACAUCGAAUAGAAAAAAUUGAAAGUAUUCAAUUAGAACAAAUCGAUUAUAUUGAAAUUGGUCCAAAUGAACAAUUUCUUCGUAUAAUUACAGCUAAAAAUAAUAAACUUCGUUCCUUAACAACAGGAUGUGUAGAAUUAACAAGAGCUAUAUGUACUAGUAUUCGCGAAGCUUCAAAAAUUGGACGUUUUCGUGAACCACAAUUAUUACCAGCAACAAUGCAAGAAUUAUCAAUUAAAAAAGCAUUAGCUACGGAUACGAAAAAAAGUAAUGCUCAUGAAGUUAAAUUACUUGAUUAUCAUUAUACAUUUUGGGAAGAACCACAAAUGAGUGGACGAAAAUUACGUAAAGAAGGUUUUCUUCAUACAAAACUUGUUGAACCAGCAACAGCUAUGCGACGUCUUGGUGCAGCAACACUUAAAUCUCAUCGACAUUCAUUUGAAACAUGGCGAAAUGCUUAUGUUACUCUUAGAGUUGAUCGCCUCAAUAUCUAUUUACAUAAGUCAGAUACAAUUCCAACAUUAUCAUAUACAUUACUCGAUGAAAAUUGUCAAGGAUGUCGAAGAAAUCGCAAUGCUGAUCGACCAUAUGUAAUUGAAAUAAUGUUUGCUCAAGAUGUAACAUUAAUUAUGGCAGCAAAAUCAAAAACUGAACAAGAUGAAUGGUUAAAUGCUGUUAUGAAAGGUCUUUCCCAAGGACGUUUGGCAAUGAAAGAUGAAGACAAUUCAGCAAAUACAGUACCAUGUAGUGUUAUGUUAACAGAAGAAAAAAUCUAUGUAUGUCAUGAUGAAAAAGAUAAUGUACUUAUUCGUCAACUUGAUUCAAUAAAACUUGAAUAUGUUGCACAAUUAUUUGUUGAUCCACAAUGUCAAUAUUAUUGUGUAUUAUCUAUUGAACAUGGAAAUCAAGGUUCAAAAUCUUGGAUUUUUUAUUUUUUAUUUAUUAAAGAAACGAUUCAAUUUAUUAAAACUUUACAACGAACUUUAUCGAAUACAUAUCAGGUUCCAAUUGAUAUUCAAUCAUUGACUGAUAUGUCAUUUCAACGUGAAUGUGAACUAACUUCAAAACGUCUUCUUCGUUCGUAUCGUCCUUUAACAUUGACACCUUAA